UAAUUUGCAAGUCGGCCAAAACUUGCAGAUAAACUUUUGGAUCCUACGCCAAACCUUCAUAACACACAACACGUAGGAUUGAAUAUGGCUUCAUCUUCCUCAUUUCGCAAUCACCGUAUCCUCGUUGCUUCACUGUUUCUACCUCACACCGCUGUACUUGGGCCAGAUCCAGCAGAUGAGCGUGUAUUAUCUAUAGACUACCCUUCCGAGGACGAUGGAGCUACGACACCAAUUGAACCCAACACACCAUCGGAAGAUGUCUCCGCUCCUGAGAGUGUUCGGACAUUCCAGAAUGAAAAAGCAUCGACCAUUCUCACCUCCUCGGGAUCCAUGACACAAUCAGCAGCAGGUUUUAUUGCAGGUCAACCUCUUAGUAUUAUCGAAGAUCUCAGAGACCGAGCUGCUGCGGGAAGAGAGCGUCCAGGAACGAGCAGACAGACUAGCCACGCAUUACUUGGACGAGUAGCUGCUCCUGGGUCGCCUACCCAUGAGGCCAUCCAUCCGUUCUUGACACCAGGAGGCAACCUGACAGGAGCGAAAGUGACCGAUGGGAAACUCAACAGAAAAUUCCAGCUGACACUUCCUAGUACUGGAAAUAAUCCGUCACCGUUGUCACACACGGCUGCGCCAGAUGGAAUUAAUGAACCAUCAUCAGUUUCAUUUUCCUCUCCCGCCUCUCGCUCUUCAACCGUGGCUCACGCAGCUGCUCUGAAACGCAACCUUUCUCGUCAGCGUAAUAGAAACAUCGUCUCACCCAAACGGUCUUCAUCUCGCACCGCGAAGCAUACACCUUCAGCAUCUAUUGCAUCAUUGGCCUCUGCGAGUUCUGCGGCGUCGUUCGAUUCACUAGAAUCUAUCAGUACACGCCUAGAUGAAGAGAUUGAAGAAGGGGAAGAGGAAUUCCAUAUUGCCCCAAAUCCGCAUGUCAACGGAGGUCUGAAAAACGCAAUAGAUUCUGUUUCGGCUGCUAUGAUGCAUGGUUUUACACCUCAGGCAGCCUCUGCACCUCCCACGAAAACGUCUUUUUCUGCUAAAAGCCAUGUGCCUGGGCACGCCCGGAGUAUGUCCUCAACGUCUGUUUCUGCCGCAUACGGGCAGAGCAGUGAAUUUAGCCGGCUAUGGAUUGGAUGUCUUGGGACCAAGACAGAUGAUUGGAACCUGAAGCUCAAGGAAAGAGUAGAAGAAGCUCUGCCCCGCCAGGAGGGUGGAGUGGAGGUACCAGUCUGGUUGGAGGAUAGUGUUUUUGAGGGAUGUUAUGAUGAAUUUUGUCAUCAGGUCCUGUGGCCAGCUCUUCACUAUGCCGUUCCCGAUGCACCGAAAACACGAUUAUUCUACGAAUCUGCAUCUUACAAGCAAUAUGUCAAUGCGAACUGGGCAUUCGCUCAACGUAUAGGAGAAGUGUGGAAGGAGGGUGACGUCGUAUGGGUAAACGAUUAUCACCUCAUGCUCGUGCCCCUCAUGCUAAGAAGCUCUGGCCUGAUUCCCAACACUGCGCCCAUAGGGUUCUUUCUUCACGUUGCCUUUCCAUCCUCAGAGAUAUUCCGCUGUCUGUCCGUUCGGGAACACUUGUUAAAAGGGAUAUUGGGCGCCGAUUUGGUUGGCUUCCAAACUGCAAAUUAUGCGCGACAUUUCCGCCAAACAUGCGGCCGAGUCCUCGGCGUCGAAACACUUCCAAGUGGGAUUGUCAUUGUCGACGACGAAGUCAACGGAGAUGACCCGACGCUCGAUCUUGAGCGAAAAGCCAAGGUCGACCUGGGACGGAAUGCUGGUGCAAAGGAUGGCGAAAGUAGCCCGGAAGAGGAACAUCCAAAUUCACCCGGUUACGUUCGUCAAAAACAGCUGCCGAAUCCCACCGCAGGUAGACUUGAUGCACUUGGAAAGGGAAGACUGGUCGACGUAGGGGUGUUCCCGAUGGGCAUCGAUGUUGCGAGACUCAAUGAGUGGAGAAUGGAGCCGGAAGUUGCUGAUUGGAUCGCAAUGUUGAAAGAAAAAUACCAGGGGAUGAAGCUAGUCGUCGGAAGGGAUAAAUUGGAUGAGAUCCAGGGUGUAUAUCAGAAGAUUCAAGCAUUCGAUGUUUUUCUCACCAAGCACCCUGAAUGGGUUGGUAAAGUUGUCCUCAUCCAACUAGCGAUUCCCAAUGCGCAGCCACAUUCUUCGAAUUCUCAUUCAUCGGGUUCCGCUUCAAACUCGGACUCUGAUUCAGGCGACAUCACAUCCGCCAUCAUGACCACCGUUUCUCAUAUCAAUUCCCGGUUCAGUACGCUCACGUAUCAGCCGGUGGUCUUACUGCAUACCCAAGACGUUGAUUUCAGCCAGUAUUUAGCUUUGCUCAGCGUGGCAGAUGUGUUCUUGGUUACCAGUUUAAGAGAGGGCAUGGCUCUCAGAACACAUGAGUUUGUUUGCUGCCAAACUGGAAGAGCAGAUGUUCAAAUUCCGAUCAGUGAAGGAGUAGUUGCAGAAGGGGCUUCAGGAUCUGAUAGAAAAGGGGUUUUAGUCCUGAGUGAGUUUACUGGUUCUUACUCGUAUUCAGGUUUUCGUUCUUGCAUUGCUAUUAAUCCUUGGGAUGCUCGGGGCACUGCUGAAGCGAUUGAUACCGCCCUGAAUAUGCCGAGAGAUGAAGCGCGGACUCGCUGGGAAGAAUUGCAUAACCAUGUAAUCACCCAGACAGCACAAGCCUUCGUCGUCAAUUUUUUGACAAGAUGCUUGCGUGCCAAUGGUGAACAUAUAUUUCACAAGGACAUAGAACGUGCAGGUGCAGUGCGAGUUUUAGACGAGAAGGCAAUCCUCGACAAAUGGAGCAGUCAAACACAGGGGAGAAAACUCAUCCUCGUCGACUGGGAAGGUACACUGAUCGGCGAUUACCUUCCGGCUGGCGCUCCUGGCGCCACCCCAGAAAGAGAGAUCCAGAAGGAAGAAGAAUUCAAAGCUGCAACCACGAUAUUAAAGAAACUGGUUGCUCAGGAAGAAAAGAAUGAAGUCUGGUUGCUGAGCGGCCUACCAAUCAAAGUGUUGGAGCGUAUAUCAAAGGAAGUCGGUGGCAGAAUUGGUAUUGUCUCUGAGAACGGAUGCUUCCUUAAGACGAUAGAACCCAGCGUGGCUGGAGGUACAGGAACCUGGAUAACCAUGGUAGCAAAUUUUAACAUGACCUGGAAAAGCUCGUGCCUCGAAAUUCUGAAUUACUUUUCGGAGCGCACGCCUGGCUCAUUCGUUGAAGAGCGCGAAGCUUCAGUGGUUUGGAGAUUUUGGACCGGUCCAAGUGAGGACUCUUCAGAUCGCCAGUGGGCCAGAAGACAAGCUGCUGAAGCACAGAAUCAUAUCUUUGAUAGUCUCGGUGAACGGUACGGCCUUCGCAUUAUUCCUGGAGCGAACUCUUUUCUCGUUAUACCCACCAAAAUCUCUCGUUCAACAGCCGUUGGGGCAAUUCUCCACCCCGAUGGACCUGCUCAGUCUCCAUUCGCUGGCGCGCGCCCUUGGAUGGCCAUCACUGAGUCGGAAGUAGUUCCCUCUUCAGCUCAGAUUGGGGAAAAAUGGGACUGCAUCCUAGGUUUGAGCAGCGAUGAGAAUUUGCUGAGAAGAUUAGCGGAAUUAAGCAUCGCUGAGACGUGCUCCACUAGCGGGAAGGGGACCGAUGCGAGUUGGAAGAUCGAGAGGGUUAGAGUACUGCCUUUCUUGGAAAGUCUGGCAGAUGUUGCUUGAGGGAUCUCAUUUGUAUGCGCGAGGACACUGUUAUUGUGAAGGUUGCUUUCCGACCGACAGACUGCACAACCGUAUGCAUAUGUAUAGAGGCGAUAUGUACACAUCUGUAAGUUAAUUCUGGGGUUACCUGACUGCAGGUUUGUCGAUCAGGCCAUCCACCUGUUGCUUUACAGCAACGGUAGCGGUAAAUGCAUCUCAUCUCAAAUCGAUUGCAUAACUGAAUAUGUAGCCCAAGUAUCCUCAAGUAAGUAUCCGCCUCAAGUAGGCGUCCCGAUCAGGAUAGGAUAGGAUAGGAUAAUCAGU